AUGUCUCUGAAGGAGCAUUUGCAGUAUGAUUAUCGAUCAGACCAAAUUUAUGGAUUUGCAAACACAGGAAAGAAGAGGAACCCUCAGAUGGCAAAUUCAGCAUUGCUUGUUGUGCUCUCGGGGAUAUCAAGAUCCUGGGUCCAACCCUUGUCUUACCUCUUUUCGAAGUCAGCUGUGUCAGCAGAUACACUUAACGAUUUGAUUCAAGAGCUUAUUCGGCAGCUUCAGACAAUGGAUAUCUUUGUGAAAGUGGUUGUAUGCGACCAGGGUGCCAGCAACAUUGCAUUGUCAAGAAAGCUUGAGAUUUCCCCAUCAAAGCCAUAUUUCACAGUUAAUGGCUCCAAAGUAUACUUUGUUUUUGACCCGCCUCACCUGAUGAAAAUUACACGGAACCUUCUGUUGAAGCAUGAUCUUCAGAUUGGAGAUUGUCAACAGAGGGUUCAGUGGUCUUUCAUCAAGGAGUUGUAUGAAUCAGACUACCCCUUAACGGCUCAAUGGGUACCCAAAUUAACAUACAACUACAUUCAGCCUUCACCCUUUUGUCGUAUGAAGGUUAAACUUGCAGUGCAAGUGCUAAGCGACCGAGUUUCCACUGGGAUCGCUACCCUGAUUGGGAUGGGGCGUACGCAUCCAGCAGGCAUUGCGACCUCGGAAUUCCUCCUCAAGAUGGAUGUGCUGUUUGAUUGUUUGAACCGCUCAUCUAUCGAACGACGUUACGACAAAAAGAUGCGAUAUGCUAUGCAGGAAUCCACCAAUCAUCAGAAGUUACUCGAGUCCGCUGUCCAAUGGAUUGCACGGUGGAAGUUCGUCAGUGAUAGGCAACCUCCUACUGUAAGGGGAUGGCAAAUCACAAUUCGCUCAGUGCUUGCAUUGUGGGAAGACCUUCACCAAAAUUUUGGUUUUGAAUAUCUGCUGACACGGAGGCUUAAGCAGGACCCCCUGGAGAACAUGUUUGGGCAAUUCCGGCAGAUGCACGGGUGCAACGAGACGCCCAUCGCGUUUCAAUUCGUUGCAGGUCUCAAGCACACCCUCGUGGGGAGACUCUCGAAUCUUCCCAGCAGAGGGAAUUGCGAGGCUGAUACGACUGAACUCCUGAAAUAA